AUGCCGGUGAGACGGGGCCAUGUGGCGCCCCAGAACACCUUCCUGGACACCAUCAUCCGCACAUUCGAGGGACAGAAUCGAAAGUUUAUCAUCGCCAACGCACAGGUGGAGAAUUGCGCCAUCAUCUUCUGUAAUGACGCCUUCUGUGGGAUGUGUGGGUACACCCGGGCUGAGGUAAUGCAGAAGCCCUGCACCUGUAGCUUCCUCUAUGGACCUCACACCAAGAGACCAGCGGUAGCCCAGAUGGCUAAAGCGCUGCUGGGAGCAGAGGAGAGGAAGGUGGAGAUUUCCCUCUACACUAAAGAUGGAGAAUGUUUCCACUGUGCAAUAGACGUGGUUCCUGUGAAGAAUGAAGACGGCCUGGUCAUCAUGUUCAUUCUCAACUUUGAGCUCCCCACUGACCCCAGACCAAUCAACAGCUCACCAGCCAGAGAGCUCAAUAGAGUGCUGCAUAUCCCCUGGCUGACCCUGGCACGGCGGCAGCGUCUGCGCCUCCUCCUCCGCUCCCUCAGCUCCAGUACAAGUGUCCUGUCACAGGACACAGAGCUGGGGGCUCCUCAUGCCGACCUCCCUCCCCUUGGACACGAGUCCGUGGCCCUGGACAAACUGCUGUCCCUCCCUGAGAGACAGCAGCUGGAGGAGGCAGGAGCUGGACUACUGCUGUGGGACCAAGAAAGGGAGGAGGAAGAGGCAGAACGAAUGAGAGGAGGGCGAAGAGCAGGAGCGAGGGGCAGCUUGGUGGCAACUAGGCGAAGGAGUGAGGGAGACAGAAAGAAAAGGGAUGGAGGUGAUGUGUCUGGGCUGCUCGUGGAUUUAAGUGCAGGAGGAGGUGGAGGAAGAAGAGGGAGGGAGCUCCACACUGGUCUGUCCCAAGCUCCAGCCUCAGCACCUCCAACACUGGCCCUGCCACUCGCCUCCUCACAUGCUCCAAUGAGAAAUUGCUCUCAUCCUAGUGCUGAAAAAACUAUGACCCAGAGCUGCAAACUGAUGGACAGAACACACCAUGUCACUGAGAAAGUCACCCAGGUGCUGUCUCUGGGUGCUGAUGUGUUACCUGAGUAUAAACUGCAGACUCCCAGGAUCCAGAAGUGGACUAUACUCCACUACAGUCCCUUCAAAGCUGUGUGGGACUGGGUCAUUUUGCUCUUAGUCAUUUAUACGGCCAUAUUCACUCCUUAUUCUGCUACGUUUCUACUGAGUGACCAGGAGGAGGCAGCCAUGCAGACCUGUGGUUACUCCUGUUCUCCCCUCAACGUGGUGGAUCUUAUAGUGGACAUCAUGUUCAUUGUUGACAUCAUCAUCAACUUCAGGACUACAUAUGUUAACUCCAAUGAUGAGGUGGUGAGCCAGUCUUCUCGGAUUGCAGUCCACUACUUCAAAGGGUGGUUCCUCAUCGACAUGGUGGCAGCCAUUCCCUUUGACCUCCUCAUCUACCGCUCAGGAGAGGAGGUGACCACCACACUGAUUGGCCUACUGAAGACAGCUCGGUUACUGCGAUUGGUUCGUGUAGCCAGGAAGUUGGACCGUUACUCAGAGUACGGUGCAGCUGUCCUCUUCCUCCUCAUGUGCACCUUCGCCCUCAUCGCUCACUGGUUGGCCUGCAUCUGGUAUGCAAUAGGUAAUGUGGAGCGGUCAAGCUCAAUUGGGAUCGGCUGGUUGGACAAUCUGGGUGAGCAGCUUGGGAGGCCAUACAAUGACUCCAUCAUUGGGUCAGGACCUUCCAUCCGAGAUAAAUAUGUCACAGCUCUGUACUUCACCUUCAGUAGUCUGACAAGCGUAGGCUUCGGAAAUGUCUCCCCAAACACCAACUCUGAGAAGAUCUUCUCUAUCUGCGUCAUGUUGAUAGGAGCUCUGAUGUAUGCCAGUAUUUUCGGUAAUGUGUCCGCCAUUAUCCAGCGGCUGUACUCUGGUACGGCACGCUACCAUACCCAGAUGAUGAGAGUUCGAGAGUUCAUCCGCUUCCACCAGAUCCCCAACCCUUUGAGGCAGCGGCUGGAGGAAUACUUCCAACACGCUUGGUCCUACACUAAUGGGAUAGAUAUGAACGCUGUUUUAAAAGGUUUCCCAGAGUGUCUCCAGGCAGAUAUAUGUCUCCACCUCAACAGGACACUGCUGCAAAACUUUAAGGCUUUUAAAGGAUCUACUAAGGGCUGUCUCAGGGCCCUGGCCAUGAGGUUUAAGACCACCCACGCUCCUCCUGGUGACACCCUAGUCCACACUGGAGACCUGAUAUCAGCUCUUUACUUCAUCUCUAGAGGAUCCAUAGAGAUUCUCAAAGGAGACGUGGUGAUAGCUAUACUGGGGAAGAAUGAUAUCUUUGGAGAGCCCAUUAAUCUGUAUGCUCUGCCAGGAAAAUCCAGUGCGGAUGUCAGAGCUCUGACCUACUGUGAUCUGCACAAGAUACAAAGAGAAGAUAUGCAGGAGGUUCUGGACAUGUAUCCUGAAUUUUGUGAAUAUUUCUGGUCCAACUUGGAGAUCACCUUCAAUCUCAGAGACGUGAAGAAUGAAGCAGGUGGAGAUGACUCUGACUGUGAUGGAUUCAGCAGACCACUCAGGAAACACAAACUGUCUUCCACUCUCACAGGUGACGCCAUGUCAGCAGGCAGACAGAGAGUCAGAUGUACAAGACAACACAGUAGCAGUGAGCAGCGUGCGGGCAGCAACAGAGAUGAUCCUAAACAAACACUUGAUGAUGAAGGGGAGGACUCAGAGGAGACCAGCCCCGCUCAGACCUCCACCAGGCCUGCUGCUACCAUGGACGCUAUGGGGCCUGAUAUGAGAGAGAAGACCUUUGACCCUUUAACAGAUGUGUUCUCAGGAGUGUCCAACAUCUUCACCUUCUGGGGCUCAGAGAGUCGAGAGGAGCAGAGAUACCAGGAGGUGCCCUGCUCCCACAGCCUCCCCUCACCUCCACCUCAGCCUCUUUUCCCGGAGCUCUUUGACCUGCCCCCCUCCUCCCACUGUCCCUCCAGCACUCCUCCUCCUCCUGCUCCUCCUCCUAGGUCCAUCAUCCCUCGGAGGCAGAAGGUGGAGUUAGAGAAGAGGCUGGAGGCACUGCAGAGACAGAUGACCAGGUUGGAGUCUCAUAUGUCAGCAGACAUCGGGACCAUCAUGCAGCUGCUGCAGAGGCAAAUGCCAAUGAUCCCACCUUCCUACAGCACCCUGACACCAAUAUCCAACACCCUCUCCUCCCCACCUGGACCCCUACCCCUGCCUCCCCCAGAUCUGGUCUCAGAUUGUGAGGUCCAGUCCUCCAAACGCCCCUCUGUUGACAGACAACACCUGCUUCAGCCAGGGGACAGUCCCCGUCCUCCCACCAUCAGUCAGUCAGAGCUACUCCUCCAGAGUGGAAUCAACCAAUCAGAACGGGGCCCGCUGCUCUCAUUCACUGAACCCAAUACAGAAGCAGCAUCGGAGCCGCAUGGGAGCCAGCGGCGCCCGUCGAUGCCGGGAUCAGUGGACAGCAGCUAG